AUGGCUUUUGGCUUUGGCAAUUCAGGAAACACCAUGCUUGGGAGUAACGCAGGAGCAGGAGGGAUCACCACUGGGUCCCCUCUGCAGACAAUUCAAACAGAUGAUCUAGGUUUUCUUUCUAUCGCUGGCGACGCAAAGGUUCGCCUUACAACCCCGUGGGAAUCUCUUCCAUCUUCUACCGCGUCGUUGCUCAGUAUCGCUUCGCGCAAAGGUCUUGUCGCUGCUGCUGGACCCGACCAAGUCGUCAUCGCCACGACCGAGUCCGUCAGAAAAGCCUUCGAAGCACCCCAAGAUGGCGACACAGAUAUCCGCAACUUCGAGCCGCAGCUCAAGAUUCCGAUGCCGAUGCGAGUUUCGCAAUUGUCAUUUACCGCAGAUGAGAACUAUCUGAUUCUUUCGGCGGAAUCUGGAGGUGGACUGGCCGUCUACGAAGUCCAGAGCCUACUCUCUGGAUCAACAAAUUCCGCCUUUGAGCUGUCAACAAACGGUGAAACGUUGCGCGCUAUGAUCCCGAAUCCUACACCCGAGAAGGCAGAAUUAUGUGCUAUCGUCACGAACAAUGGCAAUUUGCACAUGGCGAAUCUCAAAGAGCGACAGAUUAGUAGCCCUCUGAAGAACCAGGUCAGCUGUGUUAGCUGGAGUUCAAAGGGCAAGCAGCUGUGUGCCGGUCUCGGCGACGGUACCAUCUUCCAGAUGACGCCGGAAGGAGAGGGCAAAGGAGAGAUUCCUAGGCCCCCCGAUAUGGACGACUUUCAUGAGAAUCACCUGUUCUUGUCUAUCCAUGCUUCAAAUAACCAAUCACCACCCAAAUCAAUUUACCACAUCAUCACGCGCCAACCGCCGUCAUCUUUUACUUUCCAGCAGUUGACCGACCCCGUGGAGCCGUUUGGCUCAGACAAAGCACCACAUCACUCAAUUCUACGUCUCCGCGACUUCGCCCCUGCUCUCCAAGAUAUGCUCAUUAUCGCUUCGACUGCCGUCUCGGAAAUGGGUAUUGUGACUCGAUCCAAGACUCCUCUGGCUACAGAUCAGCCCGCCGAAUCCAUCACAGGGGUGUUUACUCUGACAGAAUUCCUGGACGACACCAAGCGACCAACAUUACCAAUGACCGAUUCCAUGGAUGAUGCGGUUCCAGUUGGUGUUGCGCUUGAUCUCUCAGCAAAGGACAAGGUCUACAAGCCUAUUCCGUCAGAUGUUGAACUGGAAGAGUCGCCAGGUCCACUGCCAGGAUGUUGGGCACUUACACAUGAUGGUGUACUCUGUGCCUGGUGGGUAGUUUACAACGACUCAAUCAGACAAGGCACUUCGUAUCCCCAUUUGGCUGCGGUUGAGGGUACGGCUCCUGCAACACCGGCGCCAGCCGCCCAGCCCGCGCCUGCAGCUUCAGCAUCCCCUUUCGCAAGUUCUGGGGCAUCUGCUUUCGGCUCAGCUGCUCAGCUUGGACAAAAGGCAUCUCCCUGGGGUAGUGCCUCCACUGCAGCUCCCAGCACUGGAGGCGCCGUGUUCGGGUCAAGUGGUUUCGGCAACGCUGCCCCCUCUGCAGCCCCAGCAUUUGGCAAGCCUAGCGCGAUCGGCUUUGGACAAUCAUCCCAGCUAGGAUCAAAGAGCUCUCCUUGGGCUUCAGCAGCUGGCGGAGCGCCGGCUGCGGCUCCUGCUUUUGGCCAGUCGGGAUUUUCAAGCUUUGCGAACAACAACAAUACGAGUCCUUUUGGCAAAGCAGCAGCCGAUGGGCAAUCGGCUACUCCUACUUCAGGAGGAUUCGCCAGUUUUGCUAGUAAAGGUGGCUUUGCAUCUAUGAGCAACAAAGGAAAUAGCAGCGUCUUUGGUAGCGGAAGUAAACCAGCAGGCAGCCCCUUCGGAUCGGCUUCCAAUGCAGAUACUGCUUUCCCUGCCAAGGCUUCCUCCAGUAGUCCAUUUGGCUCAACACCUUUCAAACUUCAGAGCUCAUUCAAGCCAGACGGAUCUGCCAAGGAUGAUAACGCCAAGCCAACCGGCUCUCUGUUCGGUAGCAACUUUGGUUCUGCUCUUACAGACCCUAAUAAUAGGCCUGCUGUAGAAACACCUGCACCAAGAGAAGAAGAUAUGGAUACCGCUGGAGCGAUUGAGGAGACUCCUCAAUCAAAACCUAAGGACACAGUGUUUGGUUCGCAACAGAGCCCUGAGUCUACCACUCCUACUACUACUCCUGCGCCGUCCAAAUUUGGUAUUGCUCCAUCUCCCGCCCCACAAGCAUCGGCCUUUGGACAACCAUCCAAGUUCGGCUCUGGAGGUGGGCUUUUCGGAAACAAGUCAGAAGCGCCGAAGCCCAGCGGCGGCCUGUUUGGGUCGAGCUCAAGUACCCCUAGACCAAGCGGCGGCUUAUUUGGAUCACAGCAAAACACACCCAGAGCUAGCAUCUUCAAUACCCCACCGAAACCGACUAGCUACAUAGGAAUAUUUGGCCAGAAAUCUGAGACACCCAAGGCCGAGUCUCCCAAGAUCAAGCAAGAGGAAGACAAUGCGCCCCUGCCUCCGGACCCCACCCCGAAGCAUAACCCUUUCGCAUCGCCUCCCCCUGCGGCUAAGCCCGAGGCCGCUCCUCUGCCACCGGACUUCACUUCCAAAACAACUCAGCCUGCAUCCAGGUCGGCCGAGGCUGUUGAUGCUCCCCUGCCGCCGGACUUUGUUAAUGUUUCCAAACCUACUGUGGCCUCUGAUGCUCCCUUGCCACCCGACCCGGUCAAUCCAUUGAAACAAAGAUCCGUCUUUGACAAGCCAGAAGGUGCGCCUAAGGUGCCAUCCAGCCUCUUUCCUGCCAUGACCGGGCCUCCCUCCGAUGAUAGUGACGAUGAGGAGGACGAAUUGGACGAGGAAGAGGAGGAGGGAGAAGAUGAAGAGGUUGACGAUGAGGGAGAGGAGGAGGACGACAAUGGAUCAGAAGGUAGUGGAGUCGACGUGGCCAAAGAUCUGAGCCCUACUCUUUCCCCUGGUUACACUCCUCAAAGCUCUUUUGGCCGUCCAAGUAACACUCUUGGCGCUUCUCGCGCAAACCAAGAAGGAUCACGACCCCUUUUUGGCGAACUGGGCCGAAAUGCUCCCGUAUUUCCGCGCCCCAGCGCGAUCAGCCCUCGCUCCCCAAGCCCACUACGAAGCGCAGUGCCAGACAGAGUCCAGAGGUCAGACAGCAUAAGGUCGGUUAGUGCCCCUGGAGUUGCUUCAAACCUCCUUGGAUCGCGACAGUCUCGAAUGGGAGCUUCAAUCGCCAGCAAAGACACUCGUGCACCCGAAGACCCGUUUGUGGCACAGCACCGGAAGUUGAAGGCGAAACAGGAGGCAGCAGAGACUCAGCCAUUGGUUGAUGAGGAAGAUGAUGAGGUCCAUAAGCUACUGGCAUCGAGAGUUGAAGGAAGCUUGACCUUGGACGAGUUUAUUGCUCACUCAAACGUCGCCCCUCCUGCAAAGGAGAGCAUCCCAAGCCAGGUUGAAGCUGUUUACCGAGAUAUCAACUCGAUGAUUGACACCCUUGGCCUGAAUGCCCGAACUGUAAAGUCAUUUAUCAAGGGGCACACCGACAACCGAAAGGAAGGUGGGCGCGACAAGAAUGAUCUCGAAUCCCCUGAAGAUUGGGUUCUUUGUGAGAUCGAUGAGUUGGGAGAGGUUUUGGAUGAUGAGCUACACUGUGAUCUCCAGAGUGGACGUGUUCGUGAUUUGGACGAUAAGCUCGAUGCCUGCCACGAACUUACCAGAGAUAUGCACCGCCUUCGGGCCAAGCAGGAAGAUCUUAAGCAGAUCCUGAUGAUCAGAACCGACCCGGGGCAGGCAGAGGCAACAAAGUCCAUGCCCCUUAGUGCGGAGCAAGCAACACAGCAGAAUGAACUUAGGCGGGAGUUUGCCAAGUUUUCGAAACUCUUGGCUGAGGCUGAAGAAUCGUUGACACUGCUGAAGACCAAAAUGGCAUCUGCCUCCAAUGCUUCUGGUAAGGGUAAAGCAAAUGUUCCCACGGUCGAUGCGGUACUACGCACAAUCGGCAAAAUGACAACCAUGGUGGAGAAGCGCAGCGGAGAUAUUGAUGUUCUCGAAAACAUGAUGCGCAAGACGACACUCAACCCCAUGAGCCGAGAAGGAUCCCCAAUGGUAACCCCCCAGGGAAGGCGAAGCGUCAUGUUCUCUCCUGAAGGAACCCCUGUCCGCAAUCUUCGUCACAGCUUUGCAGCUAGCAUGUCUCUAGGCGCAUCUGUACGAGCUACCACCCCACGCAAGAAGCUCAGUGGUUACAGCCAAGAGGAGAAGGGUGGUUUGAUGCAACAACGAGCUCGUCGACAGGCUGUUUUGGUGUAUCAAAUCCCAACAAGCUACCCAAGUAGGUAG